AUGGGAGGAUCUGCUGCUCGUUACCAUGCUGAGUUUGAUACGAACAGGAGCCAGACUAUUCGCUUUGGGGUCUUGAAGACCCUGUAUGAUGCUGCGUUGGAUGAUCACCGAUACGAGGAUGCUGCGCAGAUUUGGCUGGGGAUCCCUGCUACUUAUUCGGGAGAGGCUGUGGAGGAUUACAUGAGGUGGUAUAGCGGUGUGUCCCAUCGGUUCAUCAUCCCUGAUGAUAGGAGGGAGGAGUUCAGUGCUGUGACGGUUGUGCGUCGGGCCGUGGACUUGUUGGAGCAGUCACUGGAGGUGCCAGAUGCUCUUGCAGUUGGCACGCAUGCCCGAUCCCUCACUAAGAGGGCGCUGGAUCUUAUUAGAUCCAGCGCCUUCAUCGGUACCCAGGGAGUAGCCUUUGCUGCUGUCCGAGGAGCUGGAGCUGCAGGAGGCAGAGGUCGUGGAGGUAGAGCGGCAGGAGGCAGAGCCCGUGGAGGCAGAGCCCGUGGAGAGGAUAACGAACAGAUUUACUCGGUGCAAACACAGCAACCUGCAAGUAAAUUGCAGAUUUAA